AUGUACAUCAAAAGACCAUUUAAAGCUUUAAUCGCUCUCUCUCUCUCUCUGCGUGUCUGUCUGUCUGCGUGUCUGUGUCUCUCUGCGUGUCUGUCUGUCUGCGUGUCUGUGUCUCUCUGCGUGUCUGUGUCUCUCUGCGUGUCUGUGUCUCUCUGCGUGUCUCUGCGUGUCUGUGUCUCUCUGCGUGUCUCUGCGUGUCUGUGUCUCUCUGCGUGUCUCUGCGUGUCUGUGUCUCUCUGCGUGUCUCUGCGUGUCUGCGUCUCUCUGCGUGUCUGUCUCUCUGCGUCUCUCUGCGUGUCUGUCUCUCUGCGUCUCUCUGCGUGUCUGUCUCUCUGCGUCUCUCUGCGUGUCUGUCUCUCUGCGUCUCUCUGCGUGUCUGUCUCUCUGCGUCUCUCUCUGCGUGUCUGUCUCUCUGCGUCUCUCUGCGUCUCUCUGCGUCUCUGCUGCGUCUCUCUGCGUGUCUGUCUCUCUCGUCUCUCUGCGUGUCUGUCUCUCUGCGUCUCUCUGCGUGUCUCUCUGUGUCUCUCUCUCUCUGCGUGUCUGUCUCUCUGUGUCUCUCUCUCUCUCUGCGUGUCUGUCUCUCUGUGUCUCUCUCUCUCUCUGCGUGUCUGUCUCUCUGUGUCUCUCUCUCUGCGUGUCUGUGUCUCUCUGUGUCUCUCUCUCUCUGCGUGUCUGUCUCUCUGUGUCUCUCACUAUAUUUUAGAAUUUUGUUAA